GAACAUAUCUUUAAAUAUCUAUUGAUGAAAUAAAUAAUGUCCAUUAUUGGUUACUUUUGCUUCUUAUGCAUCAGGGAAGCAUACUAAUGUGUAAUAUGCUGUUUUGAUUUUGAGUUUAGUUUUCUGAAAGUAUGGAGACUGAUUCAACUGAAAAACUAAAGUCUUUGUUUCCAGCAUAUGCAUCUGUUAAGCCAAAUGACUCUGGGUUGACUUUUAACAAUGAAGUGGGAACGAAACUUAGUGAAUCCCAGGGGCCUAAAAAACUAGGAUCUUUAUUUCCAGCAUAUGGAUCAAACACUUCAUCAACUAGUUCUACAGGUGGAGAUAUUCCAGAAGCAAAAGUUGAUGAAGAUUGGCUCUGCAACAGUAGUUUCACUCCUAAUAACUAUGAGGAAGCAGUUGCUCAGUAUAAAAAAUCACAGGAAUCUGAUGUCAGUGAUGUUACAUUGAAAACUGAGUGUGAUGCAUCAUUAGAAAAAGUUAACAAGGAAAGAAAAAGGAAAAAAGAAAGAAAAAAGUACAAACCACCUGAUAUUUCUAAAAUACCAGAAGAGCAUUCAAUCCGUAGUCAACUAAAUAAGAAAACUUUCAUUGAAGAAACCGGCUUAUCUUUCGAAAGAGCAUUCCGAGAAGAUCCCAGGCUAGAUCCAGAAAAUGUUCAAUUUGAUUGCUUUGAGCAAACUAAAAUUGCCAGGUACAAGUCUAGACAUGUUGUUCCUUUUGGGUUCUCUAGUAGUGAAAAGACUUUUUGGUCCAACUUUGCACCCAAGAAAAAUAAAAAGGAAUUUGUUCGUUAUUGUAGUCAGAAAGCUAUAAAAAGCCUUAUUAAAAAUUUAACAAAUGAAACAGUCAUCAUCGACAAAAGCUCAUCGCCUCAUAAUCUUAAUUUUAUUCCUUUGUCCAAGUCAGUCAAAAAUGAUGUUUUGCAGUGUAGUACUAAGCCAAGUUUUGAUGGUGUAUCAGUUGACUGGAAAUCAUAUAUAGACACUAAUUCCAAAGAAAAAUCAGAUGAUAAAAUUGCUCCUGAUAUCCCAUUAGAGUUCAAGGAAAAGAUUGUAUUGUUUAACAAAAUUCUUACUGAAUCUCCUCAUGAUGUUCAAAUGUGGCUUGAUUUUGUAGACUUUCAAGAUGAACUUUUUAGUAUACAGCAAAAAACUAAUGCAGGUUGUGGUUUGACAGAAGACAGUAUUAUCGAAAAGAAGAUAUCUAUUCUGGAUAAAGCAUUAAAGCACAACCCAAAAUCGGUUCCUUUGAAUGUUGCAAGAUUAAAUUUAUGCAAAAACAAGUUGAAGCCAGAUGAUCUUGUUGCUGUGUGGGAAAAUUUAAUUUUCGUGCAUCCAAAUAGCAUAGAAAUAUGGCUUGGAUACUUGAAUUUCAUGCUGACGAACAUAACACUGUUCCAUGCAUCUACUAUUCAAAAAAUAUACAGCAAGUGCCUUUUGACAUUAUCUCGCUUGAGCGAAGGUCUUGUUAAGUCUCAUGAACCUCCCCAGGAUAUAAUACCCAACAUGAUUUAUAUUUUCAGUCAGUUAUGCUUUGUUCUUAAAAAUACAGGAUAUACAGAAAAGGCCAUAGCAUUAUAUCAAGCUCUAAUAGAAUUGAACAUAUUUUGUGAAGUUCCUAUGGCUUUGCUAACUGCAUCAGAAAAAAUAUCAUGUUUUGAGCCUUUUUGGGAUAGUGGAGCUGCUAGAAUAGGUGAAGAUGGUGCUAUUGGUUGGGCUGCGACUGUUUCUCAGAAGAAAAUUGUGUCAGAUAAAAUCAUAUCAGAAUCAGAUUUGAAUAAUUUAGAAGAUGAAAUAUUAUGCAAAAGGCUUUCCCUUAGUAAAGCAUGGAUAGAAUUUGAAAAGCUAAGGGAAAAUCAUCAUUGGUUGCCAUGGAGACCAAAUCCUGAGUAUGAUCAGACAGAUGAUGAUAUCGAUGACAUAGAUAGAUGUGUUUCUUUUGAUAAUAUUUCUAGGUUUCUUUUCUCUGUAACAAGUGAAGAAGAUAAAUUUAUUCUUAUUAAAAACUUCAUCAAGUUUCUUGGGUUUGAUUUUCAUCAGUUGCAGUGCAAUUGCUCUUUGAACAACAACGCUUAUUACCAUAUUGAUAUUAAUAAUUUCGAAAAAGUAUCAAACAAGCUGAAUUGCUUUCUUUUCCAGAAUCAGUUCUUGCACCCACUUUCGUUUCAAACUUCUUCACGUGCUGAGGAUAGAAUACAUUUCAUCAAUAAUAUUUUCAGCUUGGUUGUAAAUGAAUUUUCCACCAGAUAUAGGACUUUGCUGACCCUCUUAUGGUUGAAGUUUCAGAGACAGUCUUUAUGCACAAAAAAGGAAGAUGAUUUUCGAAAGAAAUUGAAUGACUUAAAAGGAUUUUCAAAACAGAUUCUUAAGAAAAGUGAAAAUAGGAACUGUUUGGUUUUAUGGUUAGAAUACAUACAGACAGAAUGGUUACUCGAUAAAACUAAAGCCAUAAAAACUUUCUUUACGUUACUCACCUCCAGCAGCGCUGGUAUAUCCUCUGGAAGUUUAAAUAUGAGUGAACUGUGGUAUUUUAUUGCAUCAUUUAUAAACUUAUCUAUUGGUCUGCAUGAAGACUUUUCAGAAACUCAUGACAUUGUGUCCACCAAUGAACUGAUCUGGAUUCUUAUUCAUAUUGGCUCUAAAGAAACAUAUGUGCCUUACAAUGGUCAAACCAUUAAAUCGACUAGUUGCCUUAAAGCAGCUGCUGGUUUUAGAUAUUUUUUAGAUCAAGAAUUGAAAAGUCUUGCAAGUAUGAGCAACUGGAUUUGUUAUUGUGCAGAUCCAUAUUCAUAUUCAUUUUUAGACUGUGCUAAAUGCUGUGCAUAUUUUCAGUAUUUUUCUCAAGGUAUUGAACCAGCUAUUAAAUCUGUGAAGGAUGUGAUAUCCAUGGUGAAAGAAUCUUGCAUUGCAGAAUCAAAUCAAAGGAAUCUUACAGAGCUAAUGAAAGUCUUUGAAGCUCAAUUAUUAAAUUUCCACACAUGGAAUUCAACUGCAUCGAUCAAACCUCUUCAACUCAAUUUACAUGCUUCAGUUGAGCAAUAUUCUAGCAACUGUCAACUACUUUUACUUCUUGUGAACUUAAGAAAUGCAUCAUCUGUGAUCAAUCCAACUAGAAGAUUUUGGUCUCAAAUCCUGAAAGCCAAAAAUCAACUUCUUCCUGUUACUUGGAUUUUUGCUUUAGCAUCAGAAUUAUCAAUUAGCUAUUCUGUGUCUCAAAUAUCAAAUUUUGAGGCAAGUGCAGGUAGUGUGGUUAAUUCAUCAUCAUGUUGGGGAAUAACAUGGAAAAUUCGAACUCUUUAUGAAAAAGCUCUUAAUUCUCAGAUGUGUGCAUCCACUCCUAUUUUAUGGAGGUCUUACAUCAAAUAUGAGAUUCAAAACGGAGAUGUUCAGAGAGCAAAAGGGAUAUUUUAUCGAGCCAUGCAAAACUGUGGAUGGUGCAAGGAUCUACUGAUGGAUGGCAUAGAAUAUUUCCCUGAUGACCUGAAACAAAUUUUAGACUUCAUAGCUGAAAAACAAAUUAGGAUCCACACUCCUUUAGAAGAAGUUACUUUAUUGAUGGAGCAUGCAGUCCAGGAUUGACUUCAACAGCUGUGCUCUGUAGCUUUUAGAAUAACUAUGAUUUCAGGCAGGAGAGAAGAGUUCGUUAAUUCUUAUCGUCUGCUAUUAAAAACUAAUUAAGCUUAAUUAAAAGCUGCAUAAAAUUGUUUCUGCUCCUACAUGAAACUUCAACUGCAACCAAAAGUGUGUGAUGCAGUUAAUGUGCAUUGUAUUAAUAAGGCGUAUAAAACUGUGAUACUCUCUUGUAACUUAUUCCAUCAUUGUAAAUAUGUACAAAAC